AUGCAUCGUGGAUCAUCCCGGAUCGUGGUUGAGGAUCGACAACCAAGUGCCGAACCCAUUCAGUCUCGACGUGUCCUGCAACGAGUCGUCACCAUCAGACGCCGAAGGAAGCACACUAUGCGUCGUCACCUGUCAGCAACCAGCGACGCCUUCUCUCGCUCCCCGCACCCGGCAAGCCCACAAUCCUCGUCUUACCUCGUCUGCGACGCCAUGUCGCGUAGCUCCUCCCAGCUUCCGGAAGAGCAACGAUAG